GACUACGUUGUAGAGCAAUCAACAAGAUGAAAUUCUUCUCAGUUGUGUUCGUCCUUGUGCUCGUUCUUUUGGCUCUAGCCAGUGCCCUUCCUCUCUCACCCGAUAAUGACAUUAUCAUGAAUGGAGCCUGCAAGGAUUGUCUGAUUAUUAAGGGACAAUUAAGUGAAACGUUAAAAGUCCUAACAGAAUUGAAGUCGAAACUAGAUCUUGAUGUUGAUCUCUAGUAGAAUAGAGUAAAUUGCCAUCAAAAUUCAAAUGUUCUUAAUGUUCUUUAAUAUAAAAAUAAAAAAAAAACAGUUUAUAAUAAAUAAA